AUGUCAACAGAAAUUAAUGAAAAGCCAAGCAAUGGCAAAAAUAAACAUAAUCUAACACCUGCACAGAAACAACAAAAAGAAUUAGAAAAACUAUUUGAAAGAAUAGACAAACCUGUACAGAUUCCAACACCUCCACCCACGGAUAAGAAUCCAGUUCCGCCUCCCAAAGACUUUGUUCGCAAUGUGUCAGGUUCAAGUGCUGGUGCUGGUAGUGGUGACUUUCAUGUGUACAGAGCACAAAGAAGAAGGGAGUAUGCGCGCUUAAAGUUUAUGGAGGAUCAAGAAAAGCAGGAAAAGGAACAAAGAGAAUAUCAAGAAAGAUUAGCACGUUUACGUGAAGAAGAUGAAGAACGUACAGCAAAAAAGAGAGCAAAACGUCAAAGGCGUAAUAAGAAAAAACAAGAAAAGAGCAAUAACAUAGAAGAAAAGAAAGAGAAAGAAGAAGAAAAGGAAAGGGCAUAA